AGUAAAAGGCGGUAUCUUUACAAGCAGCGACGCAAACAAGAAGAGGUGUUGGGCGGUUGUUUUGUUUAGAGGCGGCUUUCGAAAUUUGUAAUUGACAAGGGAUUAUAUACGUGACAACACUUUGUUUCUGAGGAGGUUUGUUGAAUAUAUGGUCUAUAUUAUUUUCGAGGAAUUUUAACAGUCCCGGCUCCACAGUCAUUUCACGGAAUCACGUCGUUGAACCGGUCAUGUCAACAAAGCAGAUUUACUACUCCGACAAAUACGACGACGACAAAUUCGAGUACAGGCACGUGAUGCUGCCGAAGGACUUGGCGAAGCGCGUGCCGAAGACGCACCUCAUGUCGGAGACGGAGUGGCGCAACCUGGGCGUGCAGCAGAGCCAGGGCUGGGUGCACUACAUGAUCCAUCAGCCAGAGCCCCAUAUCCUGUUGUUCAGGCGCCCCCGACCUCCCACAGGAUCACAGUAACACAAAGCCAGGAAGUCAGGAAAGUGGCUGAAGGUGGACUUGGAAGCUGUGCAACAGUUUAAAAGGCUUUUGUCCUUGGAAAUUCUGUGAUGUGUAGUGCCUGCAUGGUUCUGUUUAGUGCCUUUGACACACUAUCGUCUUCAGAAUACAGCUGUUGGAUCCUUUUUUGUGAAUGUUGGGGUGUUUUGAGGUUAAAUGUUCUUCCCCAUUUUACUGAGCUGUGAGAAUGAUUGUUAUUCACCAGACCCCUGGAGAAAUAUUCAUUCACUUUUAAGAAUGAUGUAAUUUGAUUUGGUUCCCUUUUAAGGUUUAUUCAUUUGAGCUUAUGUUCUUGGAUAUGUUAUUGUUCUGUGUAGAUCUGAAUAUGAACUUCUCUGUUUUGUUACUGUAAGAAGGACUGAAGUGAUCGAGUUACCCAAUAUGAUUUGUACACACUUCAAAAUAAUAAAUUGCAGUAUCAAACAGUUGAAUGCCUGUUACAAG